AUGGCUCUGUCUCCGACACCUCGGGCCCUUCUUUUUGAUGUCUUUGGUACCUGCGUCAACUGGCGCAAGUCCGUCGUUAGCGCCCUAUGUGACAAGGCUCACGAGUCGCUCAAUGCCGCCACUGCAUCGCUAGCUUCACAGCUUCGACUACGAGCUUCUGCCAUGACGGAAGAAGAUUGGGGACGAUUUGCGCAGGAGUGGAGAGACAGCUACAAGGUCUUCACCCAGAAACUCGCGGCGGAUCACUCGUCCACUUGGAUGACCGUCGAUGAUCAUCACCUCAAGUCACUCAAGGAGCUCAUAGCCAAAUGGGAGCUCCAAGGCUUGUGGGAUGAGCAUGAGAUUCGCGCUCUGAGCCUUUGUUGGCAUCAUUUGGUGCCAUGGGACGACUCUGUUUUGGGCGUUCAACUGCUAAACCAGCUGUUUGCAACAUGCACACUGUCCAACGGUAACAUGAGCCUCCUCUCCGAUCUCCGCGCCUUCACCGCCAUACCCUUUACGCACCUCUUCUCGUCCGAGAUGUUCGGCACCUACAAGCCAUCGCCCGAAGUCUACCUUGGUGCGGUCAAAGCACUAGGCGUCGCGCCUGCCGAGUGUGUCAUGGUAGCUGCUCAUUUGAACGAUCUCAAGGCCGCCAAAGAAAAUGGUCUGCAAACCAUCUAUGUUGAGCGCAUUGGUGAGGAGGACUGGGGCGACGAAGAGAUUAAGAAAGCACGCACUGCCGACUGGGUGGAUAUGUGGGUGGGUCUUGGUGAUGGCAAUAGAGGCUUCAUAACGGUGGCAGAAAAGCUGGGUAUCGCAGUGACAGAAGGUUAUAAGGCUACGCGGCUGAGCUCCUCCCUCCCCAUUGGCAUGGAUUGA